GUUAAAUUUGCAGGAUAUAGUGAUAUGGACAAAGAAGUCAGUGAAAUGGCCUCACUUAGAGUUAGGCAUCGAGUCCAGACACAACAUAUAGUUCAAGUGAACGGUUGCCUAUCAUCCUUUCAAAAGGAACGUUUAAAGUCAACACCUUUCAAGUGGUUGGUGGAUUUGGUUGAUGAUAUGGUUAUUUCUAGCCCUAUUCUUAUAGAGUUAAUCAGUAGGUGGGACGUGGUUCAUAAGGCGUUUAGGAUUAGGGAGAAUUUAGUGCCUUUUAGAGUUGAUGAAGUUUGUUUUUUUUUAGGUUUACCUAAUGUUGGUGAGAGUGUUAAUUUAGAGAAUGAUGUCGGUGGCAUUGUCAAUGACUUGUUUAAGGAUGAGGACAUCACAAUUUUAAGUAUAAUGGAAAAGAUGAAGCAUAAGACAUUUAAAUCCAAAAGAAGUGUUGACAUGUUUUGCAGGUUGUAUAUUUUGUUAGGUUUUGGAGCCUUUUAUUUUCCUAGGAAUAGUAAUGUGAUAAACAGUGUCCCUUUUAGUAAACUAGACAACAUUAAUGAUCUAAAUAUAUACAAUUGGGGUGAUGCUGUACAUGGUUUGAUAGUAAGUAGUUUGAAUCGGGCAUGCAAUAAAUACAAUAGCAGAUCUUACCACGAAGUUAUACACAUGGCUGGGUGUGCAACAGUUCUGCAGUUGUGGGUUGUUGAACACAUCAGUUUGUAUCAUCUUGAUGGACGAUGUAUUUAUCCCCGAUUUCUUCAUUGGGUUGUUAUUAAAGAUAAAAGGAAAAAAAUCAAAUUAAGUUUUCAACAAACAGAGAUAUUGUGGGAAUGCAACUUGUCUGAAGAGCAAUUACAAAAUGAUGAAAUGAAGGAAUCACAAACUCAUGGUGGGAAAAGUAAUCCUGAGUCAAAUGAUGAGAACGUAGAGUUUGCUAGACUUGUGGAAGAGCAGAGAGUAUUGAUGAGAAGAGUUGACAAGCAUGCAGAACGGCUUGAUGAGUUACAAAUGAAAAUAAGACGUCUUGAAGAACAAGUACAGAAUGAAAUGCCAUCUUCUAAUGAUGGUAUGGAGGGACCAUCCACAGCUGCGGGACCAUCCACAGCUGACAAAAUGAAUGAUUUAGCUAUUGUCAAUUUUGUGGAUGUGGGAAUGGAGGGAGCUUCCAGACAGGACAACAUUGAUUUUAGAAGUGUUUACACCACCUGCACUUCAUCACUUUGUCAUGAUGGUGAUGUGUAAGUUAUACAUAACUCAAUAGAACCAAAAAUUCAAAAAAUUAUUAAUAAAUGUUUUUAUGAUUGAAAUUUAUGAGGAAUUUGUUUUGUA